AUGUCCGAAACACCACCCACUGAUAUCGCCAUCUUGGAGAGCAUUGGCAAUGACUUGGUAAAUCUGAUCGUCUGCACGUCCACCGAAAUUGUCCUGAUCACCAUCUACUCCAUGUUGGUGAUCAAAGCAACUUCCAUCUUGUUGAGAAUUCAUAAACGCAACUCUGGAAGAAUGGGCCCAGCCAUAAUGCUGGUCGUCGUGUAUCUCAUGUACCUCAUAAACUUGACCUGUCUGAUCAUCGACCUCGUGGAUCUCGUGGCUGAGGUCAAAAUCACAUUGGUGAAAGACCCGGAGGUGGCGCUUGACAUAAAGUACACUCGAUCACGCGACUUUACUGCUCGCAGACUCGCGGCCGUAGAUGUGCUUUAUGGAUAUCUGACCUGCCUUGGGGAUGGUGUCAUAGUUUGGCGAGUGUACGCUUUCUGGGCUUCCUCGCACAUUCGGCACCUGAUUAUGGCCGUUCCCGUCGCCAUGCUGUUCUUGUCAGUCGCGUGCUCAAUGAUGUUGAGCUAUUGCGUCGGGCGUCUGGGUCCUGGAGAAAUCGUUCUUGGGGCUGUCCUCCAUCCCCAGUUUUGCAGGGACAUACAGACCGUGUCGUAUGCCAUACCAGCGGCUACAACUGCAAUAGCUACAUUGUUGAUUACCAUUAAGGUCUGGAAUCUAGUCAGAUUUUCGGGAGAGAACAGAAUAUACGACAGUCGUAUGUCGAAAAAGUCGAGACUAGAGAAAAUCGUGAUUCUAUUGAUCGAAAGCGGGGUGGCUUACUUCCUAUUCUUUCUCGCGCAAGUCAUCCAAAUCGCUCCCACCGUCAGAGACGCCAUCAACGCUAAACCUAAUUUUCGCUUUGCGACAAAUGUUUUCAUCUAUCAGACUAGCAGUAUAGUGGGACUGUACCCUACAAUUAUCAUCUGCCUCGUUCAUGCGAACAAGUCCGCGGUGAACACUACUCUGUAUACAGUGACGAACGUCGGACGCGAGUCCAAGAACCACCCCGCACAUGGCGGUAGAAGAUGGGCCAUCUCAUUGGGUAGUUUUCGAGCUGUUGUUCCAGAAUCAUCCGUGGAUGCAUCUACUGGAGGAGAUUUGGAGUCUCGAGGAGGAGAGUUGGAAUUGAAGGAUUUGCAAAUGCAAGCUCAUACUAGUUCGCUCGAUCAAGGUGAUGAUAUGUUGACCUCGCAGAAGCAUUAAAAACGACGGGCGCGAUUGUUGAACUUGAAGUAUC